CUUAUGGAAUGGAUGGUUUCCCAGCUGGAGCAGGUGCUGCUGGUGCAGGGGGAGGUGGGGGUCCCUAUGGAAAGGAUGGUCUCCCAGUGGGAGCAGGGGUUGGUGGGGCUGGUGCUGCUGGUGCAGGGGGAUUUGGGGCUUCCUAUGGAAAGGAUGGUCUCCCAGCUGGAGCAGGAGUUGGUGGGGCUGGUGUAGGGGGAUUUGAGGCUCCCUAUGGAAAGAAUGGUCUCCCAGUGGGAGCAGGUUUUGGUGCUGCUGGUGUAGCUGGUGCAGGGGGAGUUGGAGCUCUCUCUGGUGUCCCUGGUGGUGCCGGUGUAGCUGGUGCAGGGGGAAUUGGGGCUCCCUAUGGAAAGGAUGGUGUCCUGGCUGGACCAAGCAUUGGUGGAGCUCCAGGUGGUGGUGUGGGAGGUGUUGGAGCUCCAUAUGGAAUUGGUGGUUUCCCAGUUGGAGCAGGUGCUGCUGGUGCAGGGGGAGUUGGAUCUCCAUAUGGAAAGGAUGGUCUCCCAGCUGGAGCUGGUAUUGGUGGUGCUGGUGCAGGGGGAGUUGCAGCUCCCUUUGGAAAGGAUGGUCUUCCAGUUGGAGCUGGUGUUGGUGGUGCUGGUGUUGGUGGUGCUGAUGUAGGGGCAUUUGGGUCUCCCUAUGGAAAGGAUGGUCUUCCAGCUGGGGCUGGUGCUGGUGGUGCUGGUGGUGCUGGUGGUGCUGGUGCAGGGGGAGUUGGUUCUCCCUAUGGAAUAGAUGGUCUUCUAGCUGGGGCUGGUGGUGCUGGUGGGGCUGGUGUAGCUGGUGCAGGGGGAGUUGGGGCUCCCUAUGGGAAGGAUGGUGUCCCAGCUGGAGCUGGUGUUGGUGGUGGUGCUGGUGGUGCAGGAGGAAUUGUGUCUCCCUCUGGAAAGGAUGGUGUCCCAGCUGAUGCAGGAGUUGUGUCUCCCUCUGGAAAGGAUG